CUGGGAUUACAGGUGUGAGCCACCGUGCCCGGACUAUUUUAAAUCUUGAGAUGGAAUUAUAAUUCUAAAACCUAAUACGAUUGAAUAUACUCCCCAAAUUUAAAGAAGUUAACCUAAUAUUGUCAUAGUCCAAGUAUAGGUUGAAAGCAGUUGUAGCAGGGAGAGUUCCAGGGUUGGUCAGCAGGGUUGAGAUUGAUCUAUCAGUCCCAGUGUGGGCAGGGGUCCUGAAUGGGGGCUGGCUCUGUGCCGUGAGGUUGUUGAGGAAUCCAGCUGGUGGGCAGCUUUCUGUCUACAGCAUGUGACUUCCGUCUCUGGGUCUGUGACAGCUGAUAGCCAGCAGCAAGGAAGAAAGACAGAUUGGAGGGCCAGCAGCUUUCUAUAAAGAAAAAUAAUAAAAGUGAUCUGGAAGUUGCGUACAUCACUUCUACCCACAUCUUAUUAGUCAGAACUUGGUCAUCUGGCCAUACCUGGCUACUGGGAAAGCUGCCAGGCAUCGUCUCUAUUCGGGCAGCCAUUUGUCUAGCAGGAAGGGGGAGGCUUCUCUUAUGAAAGCGAGGAAGGGAGGAAUGGAUCCCCGAGCACCUCAGCACCUGUGCCGCACCUCUGAUGCUUUGACAGCUUCCACAGCCCUCAGGACUGAGGCCAGAUGGCUCUGCGUGGCUUCUGGGGCCCAUAGUGAUUUGGCCUCCUUUUCUCUCUCCAGCUUCACUUGCCCUCUACCCAGUCCCUAGUGACUUGUCACAUUCUGAAUGUGCCUCCACCUCUGCUGCUUCUCCUCCCAUUCCCCUAAAUCUUGUUCACCCUACCGGGUUUAGGACCCUUGGUGUGCAGGGCCUCUUCCUGAGUGUGUGCUCACUGAGGGCAGGCCACGUGUCCUGGCAUAGUGCCUCACCAUCCACAGUGGGUGCUCAGCAAACGCUUGGAAGUAACUCUGUCACUGGUGUGUUUGCAGCACAGCAGAGGAACGGCCACCCCCGAUAAAGCAGGUGGUAGUGGGUGCCUGCCUUUUUGCUGAGUUGUCUCUAAUCCUUUGCACUUGUACCCUUGCUAGCCAAGCUGAGCAGUUGCUGUGUUGGGACACAGUCAGUUUGAGCUCUGUGCCUCUACUGUCCAUCUCUGGCAAAAGAGUCUAAGGGCGGAUGCCGCCUCCUCCAUGAAGCCGUCCUUGUGUUCUGCACCCCUGCCAGUGGGAAUCUGAAAGUUGCCAGCUCUUCGGAAUAUUGCAUGACACUACAUCAUGAGCGACGGUAAAUGUGACAGUCAGUUUUACAGUGUGCAAGUGGCAGACUCAACCUUCACUGUCCUAAAACGUUACCAGCAGCUGAAACCAAUUGGCUCUGGGGCCCAAGGGAUUGUUUGUGCUGCAUUUGAUACAGUUCUUGGGAUAAAUGUUGCAGUCAAGAAACUAAGCCGUCCUUUUCAGAACCAAACUCAUGCAAAGAGAGCUUAUCGUGAACUCGUCCUCUUAAAAUGUGUCAAUCAUAAAAAUAUUAUUAGUUUGUUAAAUGUGUUUACACCACAAAAAACUCUAGAAGAAUUUCAAGAUGUGUAUCUGGUUAUGGAGUUAAUGGAUGCUAACUUAUGUCAGGUUAUUCACAUGGAGCUGGAUCAUGAAAGAAUGUCCUACCUUCUUUACCAGAUGCUUUGUGGUAUUAAACAUCUGCAUUCAGCUGGUAUAAUUCAUAGAGAUUUGAAGCCUAGCAACAUCGUUGUGAAAUCAGACUGCACCCUGAAGAUCCUUGACUUUGGCCUGGCCCGGACGGCCUGCACCAACUUCAUGAUGACCCCUUACGUGGUGACCCGGUACUACCGGGCACCCGAAGUCAUCCUGGGUAUGGGCUACAAAGAGAACGUUGAUAUCUGGUCAGUGGGUUGCAUCAUGGGAGAGCUGGUGAAAGGUUGUGUGAUAUUCCAAGGCACUGACCAUAUUGAUCAGUGGAAUAAAGUUAUUGAGCAGCUUGGAACACCAUCAGCAGAGUUCAUGAAGAAACUGCAGCCGACUGUGAGGAAUUAUGUAGAAAACAGACCAAAGUAUCCUGGAAUCAAAUUCGAAGAACUCUUUCCAGACUGGAUAUUUCCAUCAGAGUCUGAGCGAGACAAAAUAAAAACCAGUCAAGCCAGAGAUCUGUUAUCGAAAAUGCUAGUGAUUGAUCCUGACAAGCGGAUCUCUGUAGACGAAGCUCUGCGUCACCCGUACAUCACUGUCUGGUAUGACCCAGCCGAAGCAGAGGCACCACCACCUCAGAUUUAUGAUGCCCAGUUGGAAGAAAGAGAACAUGCAAUUGAAGAAUGGAAAGAGCUAAUUUACAAAGAAGUCAUGGAUUGGGAAGAAAGAAGCAAGAAUGGUGUUGUAAAAGAUCAGCCUUCAGAUGCAGCAGUAAGUAGCAACGCCACUCCUUCUCAGUCUUCAUCUAUCAAUGACAUUUCAUCCAUGUCCACUGAGCAGACACUGGCCUCAGACACAGACAGCAGUCUUGAUGCCUCGACGGGACCCCUUGAAGGUUGUCGAUGAUAAGUUAGAAAUAGCAAACCUGUCAUCAUUGAAGGAACUCUCACCUCCAUGGGCCUGAAAUGCUUGGGAGUUGAUGGAACCAAAUAGAAAACUCCAUGUUCUGCAUGUACGAAACACAAUGCCUUGCCCCUACUCAGAUCUAAUAGGAUUGCCUGCUUAGAUGAUAAAAUGAGGCAGAAUAUGUCUGAAGAAAAAAAGUGCAAGCCACACUUGUAGAGAUUUUGUUCAAGAUCAUUUCAGGUGAGCAGUUAGAGUAGGUGAGGUUGUUUCAAGCUGUAAUAGUGACAGUUUCUCAUCAUCCGUAACUGUUGAGAGGUGUGUGCAUGUGACCACAGAUGCUUGCUUGGACUUGCCCACCUAGCACGUUGGAAAUCAGUAUUUAAAUGCCAAAUAAUCUUCCAAGUAGUGCUGCUUCUGAAGUUAUCUCUUAAUCCUCUUAAGUAAUUUGGUGUCUGUCCAGAAAAGGUUGAUUUAUGUGUAUUAAUUGGCCGUCAUGAUGUUAUCAUAUCUUAUUCCCUUUUGUGCUGUGAUUUAUUCUAUCUUUUGUAUUUCAGAAGACAUAUUAAUUAAAUCUAUUUAAUAAAUAAAAAUAUAUAGCUUUUCUUAAAUUUGUGAUGUUUGGGGCUGAGAAUUAUCACGGCUAAAACCAAGACACUCAUGUGGACAUCUUGUUUUCUUUAAACUGUCUUGUCUGGGAUGAUUGUACAUUCAGCUUUACUGCACGAUAAAAUUUUAAGUUUUGCUUAGUGCUGCUUGAAAUCCUAGCUACCUUAUCUCUUUCUUCUUAGUCUUCUAGACUUACUAUGAAUUUAAAAUUCUCCCUAGAACUUCACCUUCUUUGUUAGGCGUGUAACACUCCCUCUUAAUAAGAUGAUGGCAGAUAGAUUCCUGCAUCCAUGGCCUAACGCUGGAGUAGAAUCUUACAGAAUGGUCCCGAGAGACCACUGCAGUCAUUUCCUAAGUGCUUCCUUUGCCAGAGACUGACCUGGGUCCUUUACUUACCUUCCCUCAUUCACUUUCCCUCUGCCAAUACCAUGUUCUUGAUUUUCUUUCUUCACUGGAAGAAAGCGGAUAAAUUCCUCUUUGGUCUGUUUUCAGAGGCCAGGCUGAUUCAGAUGCCUGUUUUUUGCUAUUGCUUUCCAUUGUUUGGGGGCAUUCCUUUUCACAAGGGAAACCCGUGAAUGUUCUGGGAAACUCUUCAGAGGAUAUGAAGGAAAUACUUAAAGAGUAAUGAUUAACCAUUGAAUAUUUUCUGAUUUAAAACUGCUCACCUGAAAUUGAUACUUUGAGACUUUCCAAUAAGUAAAUGAUUCAGAACUCAUUCAGAUACCGAGUGUGUUAAGUGUCACUGCAGAAACGGAGCUAUGACGAUCACAUUUUGCUGCCUGUGCCCGUGUUUUUCCCUUGAGCUUGUUUUGUUGCUGAUUCAUAUCUUGUGUUCAAUUAUUUUGGAAGCUUUUCGGUCAACAUUCUCUAGACUGUGUUCUAAGGAGGAACUGUGAUGAGAAAGUGGGUUCUAGAUAUGACCUAAAGUGCAUGGCUCUCUCUGCACC